AUGGGUAUCGACAAAACGAUUGCAGAGUUUCCGAAUGUGGAGAAUAAGCUUCAAGCUCCAACUCGGAAAUCCCUAUUUGAACGCCAACGAGCAGACGCAGAGGCCAAAAGACAACGUGAGGAAGCCGAGACCCAGGCCGUCUACGAAGAUUUUCUCAGAAGUUUCGAUGAUGAUGAUCAAGGUCCUGUCUAUGACCGGGCUCCAGCGAGCGGAAAAGGUCCCUCAGGACUGAGUGACGCGACAAAAAAGCAUGCCACUGGUGGAUAUGGGUUCGGGAACAUGUCGAACCCAGCCCUCGCGAAAAACAUUGGUGUAGAAAGAGGCCGGAUUUCAAGUGGGCCGGGAAGUCUGGGGCCGCCUCCACCAAACUUAAGCCGGAAAAGACCGUUUGAAAAUAUUGGUUUUCAGCAAAAAGAUCGCGAUAAACCACUGUUGGCGUUCGAUGACUUCGAAUCUGAUAACUGGACUGCAAAAAAAUCUCUAAAUCUCGAUAAUGAUGAGAGUAGGAGAAAUGAGCUAGAAGAGGAAAGAGCUGCUCCUAAACCCACUGUCCGUCUCUCUUCCAUGCCUCCUGGAACCAGUCCAGCUCUUAUUAAAUCGUUGAUUCCGACAAAUCUAGUUGUAGACAACGUUAAGAUCUUACCUCCAGCCGGUCCAGGCGCGUACUUGGAAAGAAAGUCUAUGUCGGCAAUUGUUACAUUUGCAAAAGAUACAGCUGCCAACGAUGUUGAUGCUGCAAUCAAUGGCUUACAAAAUAGAUACAUGGGAUACGGAUACUAUUUGAGUAUUCACCGGCAUCUAUCUUCGGCAGCUCUAUCGAGUGCUAACCCUAUCCCCUCUCUAUAUAACUCGACGCCUACUUCUCAACCCUUUGGAGCAAAACCUGUUGAUAUUGCUGUCACGACGAGAAACCACAUUCCUCCUGCUCAUCAAGGAAGAUUUGCUCCUCCGACCUCGUAUGAAACCCCUGGCUCUGGACGCUCUGGGCCUUUGCUUCACGUCCCAGUGCAAGCCCCAUCAGAUAUCAAAGAUAUAAAACUCAUUCACAAGGUUGUUGAAAAUAUAAUUACCUACGGACCUGAGUUUGAAGCACUUCUUAUGAGUCGACCUGAAGUUCAAAGAGAAGAGAAAUGGGCUUGGUUAUGGGAUGCUCGUUGUAGCCGUGCUGCCUGGUAUCGUUGGAGAUUGUGGGAAGUAAUAACUGGUAUCAAACCUCAACGCGGCCAAGGAAAAUAUUUUCCCCUUUUCGAGGGAUUUUCAGCUUGGAAACAACCAAAUUACCCACUGGCUUAUGAACACACUAUUCGUCUUGAUGAAUUUGUAUCUGAUUCCGAAUAUAACUCCUCUGAUGAAGAAGACUCCGGAGAUGAAGGACCUCGGCGCCCGAAUCGUGGAGGCGCAGCCCCAUCGGACCCAACUUCGUCCGAGGAUGCGAUAAGCUAUCUUAAUCCUCUUGAAAAGGCUAAGCUCACUCACUUACUCGCACGACUACCAACCACAACUGGAACAUUAAGAAAGGGUGACGUCGCACGAGUAACAGCUUUUGCUAUUUCUCAUGCUGGCCGGGGUUCUGAUGAGGUUGUUCAUAUGAUAAUAUCCAACGUGGAAAGACCAUUUUCCUACACAUCUGCUAAUCCGAAUCGGAAAAAAGAUAAGGAAAAGAAUAACGGGAGUGACGAAGAAGAGGAAUCUGAUACGAGUGCAGCAAGUCUCAUUGGUCUCUAUCUUAUAAGUGAUAUACUCUCAUCUUCUUCAACUUCUGGUGUGCGUCAUUCUUGGAAAUACCGUCAACUAUUUGAGGUAGCGCUUAAGCAGAGAAAAGUAUUUGAAGGUCUUGGAAGGAUGGAACGCAAAAUGAACUGGGGACGGCUAAGAGCCGAAAAAUGGAAAAGAAGUGUAGAAAAUAUACUAAAACUCUGGGAGGGAUGGUGUGUGUUCCCUCAAGAAAGCCAGGAAUCUUUUUCUAGCCUGUUUGAUAAACCGCCCUUAACAACCCUGGAAAAGCUAGAAAAAGCCGAAAAAGAAAACAAAGAGAAAAUUGGAGUGAAAGGGAAAGGUAUCAACAAGUGGAAAGCAGUUGAAGCCAAGUCCGAGACAACGAAAGAAGGGGAAAAUUUGGACGGCACAGCCAUGGAUAUAGAUCCUGAAGAAGGUUCAACAGAGGGUGAUUUUGAUGGGGAACCCAUGUCUGACGAUGACGACCUGGACGGAAUCCCAAUGGAUGAAGGGAAAUCUAUUGUUGAGGGUCAGCAAAAGUCAGCCUCUGAGACACAAGACUCACAUCAACUAACCUCCUCCAAACCGAGCGCGAAGGAAAAAGCGACAUUUGUAUCGAAUUCACGGCUAAAACGGCCUAGGGCCGUAGAUAUGUUUGCCGAUUCUGAUGAUGACGAAUAA